CUCCAAUAUGCUGCUAUAAAGUCAGAGAAAGAGAAGAAAAUAUACUUGUUUUUGAGUGUUCAGGUCUAGCUCUGCAGUCCCCCCCCCCCACCCCGGGGUUUAUUGCCUCCCUGUUUUUCAGGCUGCAGAUAUAACAAGGGGAAAGUUAAUGGCGACUUCGCUAGGCAAGGACCUUAUCUUCUUGAUCCUGCAGUUCCUUGACGAGGAAAAAUUCAAAGAUACCCUUCACACCUUGGAACAAGAAUCGGCAUUGUUCUUCAACUUCAAGUAUUUCGAAGAGCAGGUGCUCAAUGGAAACUUGGAUGAAGCUGAAAAGUAUCUUCAGGGAUUCACCAAAUUUGAUGACAACAAGUUUUCGAUGAAGGCAUUUUUUGAGCUUCGGAAGCAGAAAUACCUCGAGGCCUUGGAUAAGCUUGAUCGUGCGAGUGCUGUGGAUAUCCUAGUGAAGGAUCUGAGGGUCUUUUCCUCUUUUGAUGAAAACUUAUUCAAGGAAAUCACCCACCUUAUAGCUUUAGACAAUUUUAGGGAAAAUAGCUCCCUCUCUAAUUACAGAGAUAUAAAGACUGCAAGAACUAUCAUGAUGGGGGAACUCAAAAGGCUUAUUGACGCGAAUCCUCUUCUUUGUGAUAAAAUAGAGUUCCCUCUCAUAAGAACUUCAAGACUGAGAAGUCUCAUUAAUCAAAGUUUAAAUUGGCAACAUUCACUUUGCGAAAAUCCUGUACAAAAUCCUGAAAUAGGAACCCUCUUUGUGGAUCAUAAUUGUAGAAAUUCAAGUGAUUUAGCACAGCGGUCCACAAGCAGUCAACUUGCAGCUUCUAAUCCAAGACUCGAGGGCUUUCAUCCAAUAGGUGGAGCCACUGGGCUUCCGUUUCAUCCCCCAUCAACAUCACUUCAAACCCCUACCACAACAUGGACGCCUAAUUCCUCAAACAUUCUGGGUCCAGUAGUUCUGGGAAGCGUCAAUUAUGGUGGCCUGACAUAUCCGGGAGCAAUAGCAAAGAGUCUUGGGGGUCCUGAUGAGAUGUGCAGGAUGAGGAUGCCUGGGAUUCCAGACAAGGUCAUUCCUUCUGCUGCCUGUCAUGCUCAAAGCCAUACCUCAGCAGUUUUCCAAACCCAUGAUUUGCCAAAGACUGUUGUAAGGACUCUGACUCUGUGGUCAAACCCCACAAGCAUGGAUUUUCAUCCAUUCCACCAAAUGCUACUUUUAGUUGGAACAAUCUUGGGAGACAUAAGUUUGUGGGAUGUUCGUUCGAUGGAGAGGUUGUUUGCAAGAAAUUUUCAAGUAUGGGAUAUUGGAACAAGUUCAAUGACAUUAAAAGCUACACUAGUUAAAGAUCCGUCUAUCUCUGUAAGACGUAUAUUGUGGAACUCUAAAGGUUCAUUAUUCGGAGUUGCAUAUUCCAAACACAUGAUUCAGUUAUACUCCUAUCAUGGUACUAACGACAUACGACCACAUUUGGAGAUUGAAGCUCACGCUGGAAGUGUUAAUGAUCUGGCAUUUUGCAACCCCACAACAAAACUCUGUUUGCUAACUUGUGGAGAUGAUAAAACUAUCAAGCUUUGGGAUGCUACCACUGGUGUUAGAGUUCGCAAUUUUGAAGGCCAUGAUGGUGCUGUAUAUUCUGUCUGUCCGCAUUACAAGGAAAAUAUUCAUUUUCUAUUUUCCACAUCAGUGGACGGAAAAAUUAAAGCAUGGUUAUAUGACAUGAUGAACUCAAGGGUUGACUUUGACGCUCCUGGUCAAUCCUGCACAUCAAUGGGUUAUAGUGCUGAUGGGAGCAGGCUAUUUUCCUGUGGAACCACUAAAGAAGGGCAGUCGCAUAUUGUUGAGUGGAAUGAAAAAGAAGGCAUCAUCAAAAGAUCUUACCAAGGACUUCAUAAACAUUCUCUAGGUAUCAUUCAAUUUGACACGACCAAGAAUCAGUUCUUGGCGGUUGGUCAUGACUAUUCAAUAAAAUUCUGGGAUAUGGAUAACAUCAAUCUUUUGACAAGUACUGAUGCUGAAGGGGGACUACCAGCUAGUCCUCGAAUCCGAUUCAACAAGGAUGGCACCUUAUUAGCUGUUACUGCUAAUGAGAACAAAAUAAAGGUGCUAGCAACCGCUAAUGGUCAGCAUUUGAUGCGUCAGAUGAAGAAUGGUGAGGCAAGAACUUUUGAAGAUGUAAAACCUAAAUUGAACAAGGCAUUGGUCCCACCAAAGACCUGGAAGUUCACUGAAAUCAAUGAAGCUUCCCAAUUUAGGUCACUAAGACUUGCAACCAGCAUCAGGAUAGAAAAGAUCUCAAGAUUGAUGUACACUAGCACAGGAAGUGGAAUUUUGGCAUUGGCAUCAAAUGCUAUCCAUUUAUUUUGGAAGUGGCCGCGCAAUGAUCUUAAUCCAAGUGGCAAGGGAACUACCAAGGUUGCUCCUCAGGUUGUUCAGCCAACGCCAGGCAUGGUAAUGAUCAAUGACUUAACCGACAGUAUAGCCAGAGAAGCUGUGCCGUGCUUUGCUUUGUCCAAGAAUGAUUCCUAUCUCAUGUCAGCAUCUGGAGGAAAGGUUUCUUUGUUUAAUAUGCUGACAUUCAAGAUAAUGACAAGUUGCAUGUCCCCACCGCCAGCAGCAACAUCUCUUGCUUUCCAUCCUAUGGACAAUAACACUAUUGCUGUUGGUACAGAUGACAAUUCAAUCCAUAUAUAUAAUGUUCGCUCAGAUGAGGUAAGCCAUCGGUUAAAGGGUCACUCCAAAAAAGUUACUGGCCUUGCUUUCUCUCAUGCUCAGAAUCUACUUAUUUCUUUUGGGGAAGAUUCUCAGAUUAUAAGAUGGAACUCAAAUACUUGGGAAAAGGAGAAUAGUGCGUUCUUGCAGAUUCCAGAAAGAAGGACACCCAGGACAAACCCUGCUAUGUCGAACGUCUUUCUUCAGUUUCAUCAGGACCAGACACAUUUCCUUGUUGCACAUGAGAGUCAGAUAGCUAUAUAUGAGACAUCUAAGCUUCAAUGUGUGAAACAAUGGACUGUUGGAGAAAUCAUGGCUCCAAUUUCCCAUGCAACGUUCUCGUCCAACUGCCAGCUAAUCUAUACCAGCUUCAUAGAUGGAGUAAUACUAAUAUUUAGCACUUCAAAUCUCCAGCUGCAAUGCCAGAUUAAUCCCAAUGCUUAUCUUGGCUCUUCUUAUGUCAGAAAUUCUGGCCUGUACCCUUACGUGAUAGCUGCGAAUCCGCAAGAACCAUGCCAGUUUGCCCUAGGACUAACCGAUGGUGGGGUUCAAGUUAUUGAGCCACUUGAAUCUGAAGGCAAAUGGGGAGUGCACUCACCAGUUGAGAAUGGAUCUUCCAACAAUACGAUGACUUCCUGCAUCUCAAUUGGUUGACCUCGUAAUGGGUAGACUGGGGACUCAAAGCAGGGACACUUCCCUAACUUAUAUAUAUAAAUAUAUAUAUAUUUUGGGAUAAACUCCCUAACCUAUAUUUUACUUGGAUUAGUAAUUUAGCAAUUAUUGUAGUUUCUGUUGCCAGAUAGAUUGUACAUAGUAGAAUGCUCACAGGUAUAUCUGCUUUUGAAUAUACCCCAUCCCUGAAAAAGAUUGUUAUAUGGAAUUUAUGCAAUAUGGAAUAUACCCAUUCUUGAGCUUGACUA